AUGAAUAUAUUUCGUUUCUUUGGAGAUCUUUCUCAUUUAGCCAGUAUAUUUAUCUUAUUAUAUGCCAUUGAACAAAAUCGAUCAACCAAUGGAUUAUCAUUGAAAACCCAAGUUUUAUACGUUGUGGUUUAUUUAACAAGAUAUCUCGAUUUAUUCACAAAAUUUUAUUCAUUUUAUAACACAUUAUUAAAACUUGUUUUCAUUGCAUCAUCAAUUUAUACCGUUUAUAUAAUGGUUUAUAAAUAUAAAAAGCCCAUUCAAGAAAAUAUUGAUAAUUUCCCAAUUAAAUUUUUGAUUGGUGGAGCAAUAUUUGCCAGUUUAAUUUUCACUCAUAAAUAUACCAUUGGUGAAAUUGUUUGGUCAUUUUCUUUAUGGUUAGAAGCAAUAUCAAUUUUACCUCAAUUAUAUAUAUUACAAAAAACUGGUGAAGCAGAAAAUAUUACUACUCAUUAUAUUUUCGCUCUUGGGAUUUAUCGAGCAUUAUAUAUUCCAAAUUGGAUUUAUAGAUAUUUUGCUGAAGGUCAUUUUGAUUUUGUUUCAGUAUUGGCAGGGUUAUUACAAACUGGUAUCUAUUCUGAUUUCUUUUAUAUUUAUUACACCAAAGUAUUGAAUGGUAAGAAAUUUGAAUUACCUGUAUAA